AUGGAGAAAAAGAUCUCCGCAGAAGACCAUCCUAUUCCCAGCGAGGAUGCCGGUCCUGGCACUGUCGAGCCGUACGGCCAGACCAAACGCGGUCUUGCGUCGCGUCAUGUGCAAUUGAUGGCCAUUGGAGGGUCUAUCGGAACGGGUCUCUUCGUCGGUAUUGGCUCUUAUUUGCAAAAUGCUGGACCACUGUCGUUGUUUUUGGGUUAUCUGGUAUGGGGCGUACUCUUCAUUCUGCCCACUAACCUGAGUGUCGGGGAGAUGUGUGCAUACCUGCCUAUUCGAGGAUCGAUCUUCGAAUUGGCUGCUCGGUUUGUCGAUCCAGCAUUUGGGUUUGCCAUGGGAUGGGUAUACUUUUACGGAGGCGUUAUGCUAGUCUGCACCGAAUAUGCCGCCGUCGCAACGGUCAUGCAGUACUGGACGACCAGUGUCAAUCCCGCAGUCUGGGUGGCAAUGGCUCUAGUAGUCUGCUCUUUACUCAACUUCGUCGCCGUUAAAUACUACGGAGAGAGCGAGUUCAUCAUGGCGUCCACAAAGAUCCUACUACUCAUCGGCCUCGUUCUCCUUACCUUCAUUACGAUGGUGGGCGGAAACCCUAAGCACGAUGCGUACGGAUUCCGCAAUUGGAAAGAUGGCGUGAUGUUUGAGUACUAUACGGAUGGUGCUACCGGGCGCUUCCUUGGCUUCUUCUCUGUUAUGGUAUAUGCUGCUUUCUCGGUGGCUGGUCCUGACCUGCCAGCCUUGGCUGCAGGAGAGAUUCAGAACCCACGAUACACGAUCCCUCGUGUUGUCAAGAUGACCUUUUGGCGUAUCGUUGGGUUCUACGUCGUCGGCGUACUGGCCGUGGGUAUCAUCUGCAAUCCACACGACCCUCGUCUGAUGUCUGCCAUCGACGCCGGUGACGCUGGAUCUGCUGCAUCCCCCUGGGUUAUCGGUAUUCAGAACUUGGGAAUCACCGGCCUUCCUGAUCUGAUCAAUUUCCUCAUCCUUCUCUCUGGCUGGUCCUGCGGCAACGCCUAUCUAUAUAGUUCCAGCCGAACCCUUUACUCAUUGGCUCGAGAUGGCCAGGCCCCGAAAUUCCUUCUGAAGUGCACAGCAGCCGGAAUUCCCAUCUACUGCGUGCUUACCGUUUCAGUUCUCUCCUGCAUCACUUUCCUCGUGGCUGGUUCCUCGUCCGUCACCGUAUUCUACUGGUUCGUCGAUCUAACCACCAUCGCCUUUGUACUCACCUACACGGGCAUGCUCAUCGUCUUCAUUGGCUGGUACCGCGCUUUGAAGGCACAGGGCAUUGAUCGCAAGUCUUUCGUCCCCUGGGCAUCCCCUCUGCAGCCGUACUUUGCCAGCUUCGCGAUCGUCAUUGGCACCCUGACAGCCAUCUUCAACGGAUUUUCGGUCUUCAAGCCCUUCAGUGUGCAGGGCUUUGUUACAUCCUAUUUCGGCGUUGCCUUCUGGGCAUUUAUGUUUGUGUUUUGGAAAGUAUAUCAUCGAACCAAGUUUGUGGAUCCCGCUCAGGCGGAUUUGUACUCGGGCAAAGCGGAGGUGGACGAGGAAUGUAAGCACUGGGAAGAUGGUGGAUUUGAGGAGAGAAGAAAGGCCGAAUUGGCGCAGAUGAACUGGGUGCGACGAGCCUGGGAGCGCAUGUGGUGA